UCGGUCGGCGGCAGCGGGGAGGAGCUGCCAGACGGCGGAGGCGGAGAUGGCGGAGGACUGUGGGACGCGACGCUAGGCUUAGAGCGCGGGCCGGCCGGAACAUCCGGGGGCUCCUAGGGGCGGACUCUCGGCUCCCGACUCUGCGGGAUGCGCUUUGUGUGUCUGGUCCUGCUAGCCCAGCAAGCCUGAUAAGCAUGAAGCUUCUAUCUCUAGUGGCUGUUGCCGGGUGUUUGCUGGUGCACCCAGCUCAAGCCUACAAGAGUUCUGAGGACAUCCGGUGCAAAUGCAUCUGCCCACCUUACAGGAACAUCAGUGGGCACAUUUACAACCAGAAUGUGUCCCAGAAGGACUGCAACUGCCUGCACGUGGUGGAGCCCAUGCCAGUGCCUGGCCAUGACGUGGAGGCCUACUGCCUGUUGUGUGAGUGCAAAUACGAGGAGCGCAGCACCACCACCAUCAAGGUCAUCAUCGUCAUCUACUUGUCCGUGGUGGGGGCCCUCCUGCUCUACAUGGCCUUCCUGAUGCUGGUGGACCCUCUCAUCCGAAAGCCAGAUGCUUACACUGAACAACUGCAUAAUGAGGAAGAGAAUGAGGAUGCACGCUCUAUGGCAGCUGCUGCCGCAUCCCUUGGGGGACCCCGAGCCAACACCGUCCUGGAGCGCAUGGAAGGUGCUCAGCAAAGGUGGAAGCUGCAGGUGCAGGAGCAGCGCAAAACGGUCUUCGACCGACACAAGAUGCUCAGCUAGAUGGGCUGGUGUUGGCAGAUCAAGAACCCCAGCCGUGGCCGCCGCCUCCAGGGCUGAACAGAGCCAGGGCCACUUCUCCUCUGCCUUCCAUGCCUGUCUUCCCCGGGUCUUCCCUUGCAGAGCCUGUGGCAUUUUUCGUUUUCCCUCUCUCUAUAGAAAUGCCAUACGUGGCUGUUUUGAUUAGGGAGUAUUAUGAGGCCGCCAGUCUCCGUCGGCUCCUUAGGUCUCUGGGGUAGAGGAGAGGGGGGCAGACCAGAGCGGAAUGGAGACAUCAGAAGUGGCCUCAGGGUUGGGAGGAAUUGGUUUCUUCCUGCUCCACCUUUGCCACCCGUUUCAGCUCCACCUCUUGGAGAUUUUAUUACCCUUUGGAAGGGUAAUAAGAGAGAGAUUGUAUUAUCCUUUGGAAGGUGGAGCUGGGUCAUCAGAAGAACGCAUGACCCAGCGUUCAGCUUGGGCUUCUGUCUGCUGUGGUUCUGAUCUUCCUUCUGGUCCUAAGCACAGCCAGGCCUCCGCCCUCAGGAAUGGCACUGGUGGACAAGCCAGUGCUGCUGAGCCUGUGAGGUUCUCAGGAUACCUGGAAGCUUGAUUGUUUCUUCCUGGGCUCCUCAUCCACCAGUGCAUGGCAGUGCUGGACAUUCCUGCCUCCGGCACUGUAUGUCCUCUCAUUCCACUCUGGGAAGCUGGCCAGGUCCUCUUCUCUCCUAGUGUCUGCCAUUGCUGAGCCAAAAAGACACUGCUGAGCAGUGGACUGAAACAUCAUAGCUCCUGUUCCUGGUUCACCACGUGUCCCUGAAUGUUAUUGUACCAGUGCAUGGAGAUAAAUGUUUGUCCUUCUGUUGUCUAUAAAUCAAGGAAGCCAUCAUUAAAUGGUUCUGUUUCUCUCA